AUGCAAGUGUACUGUUACAUUUAUGUACUUUUGCUCACCAAAUGUUUCUUGAAAUUAUCAUUUGCUGAAGCAGAACAUCAGUGCUACUCAUGCUUUUCAUAUUGUAAGACAUUACCGAAUGGAAGUAUUAAUACAGAAAACUGCGACUGUACGGGUCAAUUUUGCACAUCAGAGCACUGUUUUGCUAAAAUUGAAAUUUUUGCUGAAGAACAAACUGCUAUAAUUCAGAAGGGUUGCAUUACGGACGUUGUCGGCAGUACAGAAGGUUGUCAGUAUGCCGGUCAUUCAGAGUCGGUUCAUUGCUACUGUACUGGCAAUCGCUGCAAUUCUCGGGAACAGCUAAACAACUUCAAACUGAAACCUUUGCCCAGUGUGGAUUGCUGUGAAUGUUCGGAACCACAGGAAGACAGGUGUCCAGAUAAGAAUUGUAUUCGACGAUGUCGUGGGAACUAUUGCCUUAUCGAUUUUGAUGGCAUUGAACAGGGGUGCGGCUUAGGGUACCCUCGCUUACAAAGCUUUUUACGUACCAGAAAUUAUGCUGAUUGGCAAGGAAAAACUACUUGUGCCAGAUAUCAGGCCUCACACAUCACGACAGUUCACGGAUGUGUUUGCACGGAACCAACGGGAUCCUGUAAUGAAGUAAACAGGACGCGUCAGUUUCAACUUGAAAAAGUUAUACAACGCCGCGAAAAUGAACAGAAUUACUGUUACAGUUUACACUACAAAUCAAAAGCACCGUUUGGCGAAGAAGUCUUUAAAAAUUCGGAUACUUGUGAAGGACAAUUCUGCUUUAUAUCAAUAACAACUUCUGAACUGUUUGUUGAAAGCACCAGUUUUGAGGAGGAAGAAGUAAAUCAAAAAAGUUUUAUUGGCUUAAGUCGGCCAAGCUAUGAGAUCCUUGCCGGUUGUUUGAAGGUUGAUGAUGACAGUAAAGUAAAUAUUGGUUGUACCACUGAAUUUACAGCCAAUAGUUCUGAACCGCUGACAAAACAUUGCAUUUGCGAUUCGCACUUGUGUAAUUUUUAUCAUCUGCUAACAGACAAAGAAGACUCACGACGACGUAACGAAAGUUAG